AUGGGACCAACAGCCACAACGUCAAAUAUCUUCGGGGCACCGAUUGCAACGACCCCUCCUGCAUCAUCCUUCCAAGUCCAAAAGGAUCAUCCUGUGCCUCGUAAGGGGAUUAGUGGUCCCACGCCCAUAGGCACGAAUAAAUUCUACGCUAAUUUUUUCCUUGGUAACCAGACGUCACCCACCUAUGUUCAUCCGUAUUCACUGGUCUGGGCACGAGGUCAGGGGGCCGCGUCCAGCUGGGGGUUAGCCAUCUCACAUAUUGAAGCAAACCAGCGAGUUUACGGCGAUAUAUCAAAUGAGACAGGUGCGGCCAAAUACUUUUUGAACCCUGCUGGCAUUCAGUCGCUGGCUCUCUCAGCGAUGGAACUUGGGUCAAAGACCGCUUUGACGACAGAUAACUUGUCUGCACAUUCGGUCAAUGUAAAUUUACAUGUAAACUCCACCUCCAACCCUUUGAUCACCUUUCCACUAGUGCAAGGCAUGGGAUUCGUCACAGCUGUUUAUAAGGGGGGAAUUCCGGUCAUCAAUACCGGUAUCUACUUCAAAACAGUUACGAAAUCGAUCAGGGGGCCAAAGCCAGGGGUUACUAAGUACACUUUGUACUUGGAAGAUGGCAAAGUAUGGCAUGUAUACGCCUACUCUGCGAAGGGCGACCCCUUUGAUCUCACGGUCGUCAACAACAAGAUGGCCAGGGCCAAUAAAACAUUUGACGGCAUCGUUCAGGUUGCCAAGGAUCCCGGCAAUGCUGAAUCUGUCAUAGAUGGCUCAGCUGGGGCGUACCCAAUGAAUGUCACGCUAUCUGGCUCGGUCUCUGGGUCGAAGGGUUCCUACACGUUUCAAUUCCAGAAGGCGGGAAUCUCAAACUCUACAUUAUUGAUGUACGCCUUACCUCACCAUGUGGAUUGUUUCGAUGAUGCUACCAACAAAAGUGUCUCGACGGCCAAAUUACAAACCACAACCAAAGGGGUGGCAUCAGGAGUAGUUGCAGAUUCGUGGACGAUGGUUGAACCGCAUAUGCCUGUCUCGAUGGGGUUCGCCCCUUGGGAUCCGGUCGAGGGCGAGAAAAAGACUCUGCAAAGCUCGGCAAUCAGCACGAUAAGUGCAGCGGCUAUAAACGAAACAUCUCAAGAUGUAGACCAGCAAUCUAACCAGAAUUCAAUGUACUUCAGCGGAAAGGCGCUUGCAAAGUUCGCUGGAAUUUCUCUUACGGCCAAUGACUUGCUGAAGAACAAGACACUGGCCCAGAACGGCCUGGGGAAACUAAAGGCUGCCUUUGCUCGAUUCUCGACAAACAAACAGCAGUUUCCGCUAUACUAUGAAUCUGCUUGGGGAGGUGUUGUCUCCUCCGCAACCUACCAAACUGGAAAUGAUGGUGCGGAUUUUGGCAACACCUUUUACAAUGAUCAUCAUUUUCACUACGGCUAUUUCAUCUAUGCGGCUUCUAUAAUUGGAUAUCUUGACCCUGGCUGGUUAACCAAAGACAACGUUGACUAUGUAAACACACUAGUCAGAGACAUCGCUAACCCUUCGCCCGUGGAUAAAUACUUCCCAGUCUCCCGAAACUUCGACUGGUACCAUGGCCACAGCUGGGCUCAUGGUCUGUAUGAGACCGCAGACGGAAAGGAUCAAGAAUCGAGCUCGGAGGACGCGAUGCACGCAUAUGCCAUCAAGAUGUGGGGAAAGACGAUCAAAGAUGCCAACAUGGAAGCCCGGGGCAAUUUGAUGUUAGCCAUCAUCGCUCGCUCACUAAACAGAUACUACCUCUACACAGAAGACAAUACGAUACAACCCCCAGAGUUUAUUGGAAACAGGGUUGCUGGCAUCCUGUUUGAAAAUAAAUGUGACCAUACCACAUACUUUGGGACAAACCCAGAGUAUGUCCAGGGCAUUCAUAUGAUACCGCUUCUUCCCAGCACGAAACUCACUCGACCUGCCAACUUUGUGAGACAAGAGUGGGCAACGUAUUUCGACAAUGGGCGGGCUGACACGGUCGACGGAGGCUGGAAAGGAAUUCUUUACGCUAAUCUGGCUACUGUCGACCCUAAGACCGCAUGGGACUUCUUCACGCGGAAAGAUUUUGACCAGAUGUGGCUGGAUGGGGGUGCCUCUUUGACGUGGUAUCUGGCGUAUUGUGCAGAGAACUCUAUUGGGUCCAUGGAAGACGACACAUUGAUGAUCGAGUAG